GUGAUUAUUUGUUACAGGAUUCAGCCUCCUGUUAUGGAUAGGAGCCCAGGCCGCGACCCCGCUCGGCCCCUCCGAGAGGCCCGAGGCCUAUUUCAACGGCAGCUCCUACAUACGGCUCUCGAGGCCUAUAUCGCUGAAGCAACUCGUCGGCCUAAACUUUCGGACAUGUGUUGGAGGCGAGCUGUUCUCGCAACGUUUCGCCGGCUACACUCUCCACGUGACCGCCCUCCUGAAGCAGGUGGUGGUGUCCUGGGUCCGGCCCGGUCAACAGCAGCGCGAGCAGGCCAUGAACAGGAGCACCCUGGACAACAAGUGGCACUGGGUGGCUCUCAACUACCAGGCCAACCCGCCGUCACUGCAUCUCGAGGUUGACAGGGAGUCCAAGGUCAUAUCCAACCGCACGCUAAACCCGUCGCUGCUGUCCCCCGGCAACCUGCAGGCGGACGGCGCCGAGGUGCUGGUCGGCAACGUGUUCGUUGGCUGCAUACACGAGGGCCCGCAGCUCGAGUUCCACGCCAGCGCCCAGCUGAGGAACGUGGAGUUUGGGGAGUGCCCACUCACGAACAACUGUGAGUAUAGACACCUAACAUGAUAUCCGACAUGUUGG